CCGCCCUCUUUUUGCCGUGCGGUACAGACUCCAUACGGCGUUGUCUCGUGCUUUUCCACUAAACUCGUUGCGCAGGGAAAGUGGUCACGAUGUCCGGAGGUCUGGAUGUCCUUCAAAUGAAGGAGGAGGAUGUGCUGAAGUUCCUCGCUGCAGGAACCCAUCUCGGAGGAACCAACUUGGACUUCCAGGUGGAGCAGUACGUCUACAAGAGAAAAAGUGACGGUAUCUACAUUAUCAACCUGAAGAAAACCUGGGAAAAACUACUGCUGGCUGCUCGUGCCAUCGUUGCCAUUGAGAACCCAGCUGAUGUUUGUGUCAUUUCCUCCAGGAACACCGGCCAGAGAGCUGUGCUCAAGUUCGCCUCUGCCACCGGAGCCACAACCUUUGCUGGACGCUUCACGCCUGGUACAUUCACCAAUCAGAUUCAGGCUGCCUUCCGGGAGCCCCGUCUGCUGAUCGUGACCGACCCACGUGCUGAUCACCAGCCGCUGACUGAGGCUUCUUAUGUGAACAUCCCCACCAUCGCUCUGUGCAACACUGACUCUCCUCUCAGAUACGUUGAUAUCGCCAUCCCCUGUAACAACAAGGGUCAUCACUCCGUGGGUCUAAUGUGGUGGAUGUUGGCCCGGGAGGUGUUGAGGAUGCGAGGUACCAUUUCACGUGAGCACCCAUGGGAGGUCAUGCCUGAUCUGUACUUCUACAGAGAUCCUGAGGAGAUUGAGAAGGAGGAACAGGCUGCAGCUGAGAAGGCUGUUGGAAAGGAGGAGUUCCAGGGUGAAUGGACUGCUCCUGGGGCUGAGGUGGCUGACUGGUCCGAGGGUGUCCAAGUGCCAUCUGUGCCCAUUCAGCAAUUCCCUGCUGUCGUAGAAGCUUCAGCUGCUGCCAAACCUGCACCCACAGGUGAAGGUUUUCCUGCCGAGGACUGGAGUGCACAGCCUGCCACUGAGGAUUGGAGUGCAGCCCCCACCGCCCAGGCUGGAGAAUGGGGUGGAGCCACCGCCGACUGGUCUUAAACACACUUAAAACUAGUGUGGUGCUGAGCUAAUAAACAAUGGCUUUAUUAAA